UGCUGGUCCGAAGGGGAAGAGGGGGGUGUAUGUUAUACAUAACUGCGUGUUAUAAUUGGAGAAUUGCGGUAAUCGAUAAAUGUGUCACUCAAUUCCAUUUAGUUGCGGGACUCUGGUACAAUACGUUUCAUCUAAUGUGUGAUAAGAGGAGCUGAUACAGAGGGAAUAUUUUCAUCCCACUGUUACCAGGUGUUAAGGGCAGUGUUGCACACACCGCUCAGACAGACAGAGAGAGGGGGGGCUGCAUGUCACCUCACUCAGGGCAGGAUCAGGAAGUUUUAAAAAGCAGGAAGUUCUGACAGUCCCAAAGCUACACAACAGAGACCGCUGUGUGCAGACCGAGAGGGAAACGAGGGGCGUCCUCUGUGCGAGUGAACCCAGAAAUGGAAGUGAACUACUUGUUUCUGAAGUCCAAACGAGGUGUGCUGAAGAUGGCAGAAAUGGUUGCAGCUUUUGUGGUUUUUGUUACCUUUGCUGCUUCGUCCUCGGGAGUUUUUAUAGCAGUUCCCCUCAUGGAGAUUCUCAUCACGCUGGCCUUCUAUCUCUUGUUUCUGCUUAAGCUGGACUCUAAAAUGACGUUAUUCUGGCCACUGAUGGAUGGUGUAAAUUCAGUGUUUGCAGCUGUGCUGUUACUGAUCAUCUGUAUUGCGGCUGUAGUGAGCAGGGUCACCGCUGGCAUCCUCACUGGUUCAGUCUUUGGUUUCAUAGCUGUCGUCCUGUAUAUUGCUGACUCUUAUGUAAUGUGCAACCUCAUCACUGUCAACCAACACAAGACUUCCAGCAGGUGACCCCAUGGAGAGCUGUCUGUGUGAGCAAGUUCAGCUGCUGAUCUUUGUCAGUCCAGUCCCAAUCCCUGUGUAAUUCACAGCUUCAGCUCCUCCCGUCUUGGAAUGUCAUUAUUUUGCAAUCCUGGAAUGAUGUGUUGCCGUUUACUCUGGCCAUUCGCACAGCAUGGACAAGAACAUGAAGGUUUCAGAACAGUGGAAGAUCACAUCGCUGAUUCACCACAGGAAGGCUUGUAUUGUGGACAGAGCUCCCACUGAGCCGGGUCAGGUGGUUCCUGAUGAAGGGCUUUUGUCUGAAACGUCGAUUUUCCUGCUCCUCGGAUGCUGCCUGACCUGCUGUGCUUUUCCAGCACCACUCUGAUCUAAACUCUGGUUUCCAGCAUUUGCAGUCCUCCCUUUUGCUCAGGUGUAACAUUCCUGAUCAGCAAAGUUUUCUCCUGCUCAGUAACAUCUAGACAUAGAAUUACAGAGAACUGACAGUGUGUGGACAAGCCAUUCAGCUCACUGUUCCAUAAUAAUGGUCCAGACUAGCCUCCACAGUAUUCCUGUCUCCUUCACCUGCUCAUUUAGCUUCAUCUCAAAUAUGUCUUUGUUUCAUCUGAACCUCUCACUACCCUAAUGAGUCCUACAUUCUCACCAUUUUCUGGGCAGAGAGGUUUUUCCUGGAUACACACACACACACACACACACACACACACACACACACUACCUGCAUAAGGGGAAACAUUUUCUUUGGUCUACCCAGUUGAAAAUGGUUGCUUUCUCAAUGAUUUUGUCUGAGAUGCUCAUCAGAUAAAAUCCUCAUAAACAUGUUUAUACCAGGUUGGCCAUCGCAGUGGUUGAAAGAAAUGUUUAACCCCUGCAGGCUGCUGGCUGUGUAUCACUUGAUAAUGGGGUUACUUCUGUGUGUCCAAAGUACAGCCCCUUGAAUAUUUUAUCUUGUGUUUUUGCAAUGUGCACACUGACUAACAAUCACUUCAACUCAAAAGCUCCGCACAAUUUUAAUCGCUUGUUCUUGUAUGUUGGAAUGUUUUAGAAGUCUUUCGUAAUUAAAAAA